AACAGCUGUUUGCUGUUGUCGGCUUUGCCGUUUACAGAAAUUCUGUUAAAUACAAUUCGUUAUUUAUUUGGUUUGCCUUGAAGGAGUAAUAUGUAUUAGUCUAUAAACAGUUUUAAUAAAAACAAAAUUCCAAACUGAACGUUUAAGUGAGCGACUUCAAACAUUGGCAAGAAAUUUCUAGAAUUGGCAAUAUAUCUACAUACAUAAAUAGAUUAUAAUAAACAUAUAUACGUAAAGUAAAAAGAAAACCGCGUCGUGAAAUUAAACAACCAUCGAUUGUAAUCUGUCUAAGAGUUAUUUGUGCAAGUAAUAAAGGCAAUUAUUAGUAGUUAAUCAGCAAUUGCUAUCGUUGCUAGACAACCGCGCACUAUCACUAUUUAACAAACAACCAAAUUACUAUUUGAUAUAUACAUACAUAAAACUGGACACCAUGUCUACGGUGGGUACUUUAAAGGAAUGUGUACAACUGCCCAUUAAAGAUAAUGAGUUAGUCGAUAUAGUGCAAAAAGCUAAAGAUUGGGCUAUAAUGCAUGGCGCUGCCAUGCGUUCCAAAUCAAAUUUCAGUCCAGAUACAUUAAAUUUUGCACCAUUCGUUUUGGUUCCUUCAUCAUUUCCUCGAAAAGAAUUCGAGAGAGCAAUCCAUUUACAACCAACAAUAAACCGCCUUAUGCAUAAUGUAGCACAUGAUGAAGAAUUCCUCACUACCACACUAGCGGACACCAUAAAAGUCGAUGAGUUUACGGGUAAUCUAUUUAAUGUAUACAAAAAGGUUCUCGCAAAUGGCUUCGGACAGCGCAUUUCUCUGGGACUAUUGCGAAGUGAUUUGAUGUUGGAUUCGAAUUGUAGAAAUUUAAAUGGCGAAUAUGAAGAAAGUGAAACAGAAACCCCCAGUGCCUACUGUUGCUGGAAACAAGUUGAAGUUAACACAAUAGCCUCUGGCUUUGGCCAUUUAGGACCAGUUAGCAGAGCUAUACAAAGUUACGUCCUACGCGAAUUAAAUCAAGCUGAAAAAAUUGCCAGAAUGCCGAAAAACGACGCGCUUGCCGGUCUAUGUGAUGGGAUGAUCAAAGCAUGGGAAAUAUAUGCCAAUCCGAAAGCAGUUAUAAUGUUCAUCAUUGAAGACGUUUCCUACAAUAUUUGCGACCAACGAUUCCAUGAGUUUUACAUACGCGAGAAAUGUCCUCAUAUUAAAGUAUUGAGAAAAACACUAACUCAAGUGCACGAUGAAGGAAAACUGGGUCUUAACAAAGAACUACUUAUCGGUAAGGAAGAGGUUGCUGUUAUAUAUUUUCGUGCGGGCUAUGAGCCUGGUCAUUAUCCUAGCCAUAAUGAAUGGGAUGCACGUUACCUCAUGGAAUGUUCACGUGCUAUUAAAUGUCCAUCAAUACAUUAUCAUUUAGCCGGAACUAAAAAAGUACAACAGGCAUUAGCAGUGCCUGGCGUGCUGGACCGCUUUCUGAAUGACCCAGAAGAGAUUAAAGCAGUUACUAAAAUAUUUACUGGCCUUUAUUCACUAGAAGAUAAUGAAACUGGUAAUGCCACUUAUGAAAUGGCUUUAAAAUCCCCUGAAAAGUUCGUUUUAAAGCCACAACGUGAAGGUGGUGGUAACAAUAUAUAUGGUAUAGACAUUCCAAGUGCAUUAAAGAAAAUGAGUCGCUUUGAACGUUCAGCUUGGAUACUAAUGGACUUAAUACACCCGCCAAUAUCUAGAGGGUAUAUGAUACGGCCAAGUGGUCCUGUGCCACCUCCAGUUGUUGACAUGGUCUCGGAAUUGGGCAUAUUUGGAGUAAUUAUUGGAGAUGUUGACAAUAUUAUUUGCAAUUAUGAAGCUGGCCACAUGCUGCGCACGAAAUUAUCUACUGCAAAUGAGGGCGGCGUUGCAGCAGGUCUUGGUGCUCUAGAUAGUCCAUAUUUAAUAGACUAAUUACAUACUCUAAAAAAUUUCUAGUGCAAAUUUUAAAUAUUUUAAAAUCACCCUAUUGUAUUCUUAAGAAAUUGUUAUCUUUAUAUUUUUAUAUAAGUUUUCUGUUUUUAAAAGUCUGUACUAAGAAAUUGAAAUUAUAUUCUCACAAAUUAUGUUGAAAGGGAAUUUUUAUAUAAAAUAGAUAUUAUAU